UUAAAAAAACUGAACGUUGAAUGGUGUUUGUGUAAUGGUUUACAUCACAUGGUGGCAGUAUGUGGUCAAUGUAGCAAAAGCCAUUUUUUUCCCUUAAAGAGUGGAUUGAAAUAAUUAAAUAAUGCUGAAAAAGAAAACAUAUUUAAGAAAAACAAAUAUUAAAUUCAGAAUAACGUGGGUAAUAAGAUAUAGCAUAUGCUAUAAGUAUAUGCUUAUAUUCAGUCCUCCGGCCACCACAACAACAGCAGUCUAUAUGUUUGUUUGCUCCUCAAAACAAAGCCUAGCUGGUUCUCUUUGUAUCAGUGUUUUCUGGACUUUGCUUCAUUGAUUCGCUUUGUUCCAGCUGGUACAGUGGCCACAGCUUCGAUUAGUGCUGCUCUCUUAACAACUGCCAGUGUAAUAGUGUUGUAGUUUUUUUUUUUCAGAGAAUGUCAGAGAGACAGGGACUGAGGGCAGACUCCACCCACUUCACUUUAGAUGGAGCCCCAUUUCGGAUCCUCGGAGGCUCCAUCCAUUACUUUCGGGUCCCCAGGGCGUACUGGAGAGACCGGCUGCUCAAACUCAAGGCCUGUGGUCUCAAUACUCUCACCACGUAUGUGCCGUGGAAUCUUCACGAACCAGAAAGAGGAGUUUAUCUGUUUCAGGAGGAGCUGGAUCUGGAGGCAUAUAUUCGUCUAGCAGGGGAAUUAGGCCUCUGGAUGAUUCUGCGUCCGGGGCCGUACAUAUGUGCCGAGUGGGAUUUGGGUGGGUUACCAAGCUGGCUGCUGCAGGAUAAGAAAAUGAAGUUAAGAACAACAUACUCUGGCUUCACAAGUGCUGUGAACUCAUACUUUGAUAAACUCAUUCCGAGAAUCACACCCCUCCAGUAUAAGAAAGGAGGCCCUGUUAUUGCUGUUCAAGUAGAGAAUGAAUAUGGCUCAUAUGCGAAGGAUGAGCAAUACAUGUCAUUCAUCAAAGAGGCGUUACUGUCCCGGGGAAUCUCCGAGCUUCUCCUCACAUCAGACAAUCAUGACGGGUUAAAGUGUGGAGGGGUAGAUGGAGUCUUGCAGACGGUGAACCUACAGAAACUGACGUUCGGUGAUGUACCGCAUUUAGCAGAAUUGCAGCCACAGAAGCCGCUGAUGGUGAUGGAAUAUUGGUCUGGCUGGUUUGAUGUUUGGGGGAAACCUCAUCAUGUUUUCUCUGCGCAAGAAAUGAUCUCUAUAGUGCGAGAGCUUCUGGAUCGUGGCAUCUCCAUCAAUUUCUACAUGUUUCAUGGAGGAACCAGCUUUGGAUUCAUGAACGGAGCAGUUGACCUGGGAACCUACAAACCACAGACGAGCAGCUACGAUUAUGAUGCUCCACUGACUGAAAGCGGUGAUUAUACAACCAAGUAUCAUCUCUUGAGGAGCCUGCUGAGCACCUACAGCAAUGAGCCAAUAUCAGAGCCGCCAGCUGUGCAAAGCAGAAGAGCAUAUGAGCCGGUGGCUGUUACUCAUUAUAUUUCUCUAUGGGAGAGUCUUCAGUGUGCAGAAACAGUAAGUGCAAUGAAUCUCACUAUUACUUUCUUUCUCUCACUUCUUUACUUUCCCCAAAAAUGGAACACAAAUGAAGGUAUUUGUUUAAAUAUUCCAACUUCAAAAUGUGCAUAAAGGCAUUGUAAAAGUAUUCCACAUGGAUAGAGCAGUUUAGUCCCCAGCUUCUGAAGAGACAUGAUCACCUUAUGUGUCGAACAGAUUUAAUUUAGGCUUUUAUUCACAUGUAAACAUUGAUCGGCAUGGGCUCAUCGAAAAUGUGAACAGAAGCUCAACUGUGCUUGUUUGACUUCACUGGUUUUUGCGCAUCAAACAUCCAUUUCAUUUUCCCUUUCAUUAAAACUGACCCAUUAUACAGAUUGUUUCACUAAUGUCACAUUAGGGAAGAAUAAUGGGUUUUGCGAAUGCUGCUUCAUGUUGAAAGGC